CUGUACUGGACAGCUCACUUACCGGCUGUCAGCUGAACAUAUUCUGCUUUUAUUCGUUUACUUAUCGUGUUACCGUAAUAUGGCUGGCUGUACCUUUGUUGCCAGACUUUUGCCGUUGGCGAGAGGCCGCUUUUGUAAUAACAUGUCUCUUCCCGUACGCACAGCUACCCGUGCCUUUUCCUGCACUUUAACUUGUUCACAGCUUCAGCAAGUCCACGGGGUCAGCGCUUUAACGGGGAAAGUGGACCGAUUCGGUGGAGUGACAGUGAACCUGGCUGAGGUCGGAUUGCCGGGUGACAUUAGCGAGAGCUCAUUCAGCGGUCUACUGCAAGAUUCUUUAGCCCAGUGGAAAGCAGAGGGGAAGGCAGCAGUGUGGCUUCGAGUACCCAUCUCGCUGAGUCGAUGUGCUGCCGCCGCCUCAGCUCAGGGCUUCACCUUCCAUCAUGCCAGAAACGACUACGCCAUGCUGGCUCUUUGGCUGGGAGAGGGGGAGAGCAGACUUCCAGGUUUUGCAACUCACCAAAUUGGAGUGGCAGGUGCAGUUGUUGAUGAGUCCAGUGGAAAGGUCCUUGUUGUCCAAGACAGAAAUAAGACAAAGAAUGCUUGGAAGUUUCCCGGUGGUUUGUCUGAUCCAGGAGAAAAUAUUGGUACGACUGCGGUUCGUGAAGUGUUUGAGGAAACUGGCGUUCGCUCCGAGUUCAGAUCUCUGCUAAGUAUCCGGCAGCAGCACAACCACCCCGGUGCCUUCGGCAUGUCUGACAUGUACAUCAUCUGCCGGCUGAGCCCGCUAACCUACGAGAUCAACUUCUGCACUCAGGAGUGUCUACGCUGCGAGUGGCUGGACAUCAGCGAGCUGGCCAAAACCAGCGAGACCACGCCCAUCACCUCUCGCUUAGCCAGUCUUCUGCUUCAUGGCCUGGAGCACGGCUUUGAUAAGAUUGACCUCAACAUGGAGGAGCUUCCUGCUGUUUACUCUGGGAGGUUUUACCAGUUAUAUUACAGACAGCUUCCCAUACUGAAAUUAUAGGAGC